AUGUCGCGCGGUCCGGAACUUCCCUCCGUCAAUCAGCUCGCAGCAAUCGCCCAGGAUUUCGGGCUCGACAUGACGCUCGACGACCUCACCAACCAACGGGACGCCAUGCGGGGCGCGAUCGCGAGCCUGCGCCAUAUCGACGACAUGCCGGAGGAACGCCCGGCCGUCGCCUAUCCGCGGACCUCGGGUUACCGGCCGCAUCCGGACGAGAACCCCUACAACGCCUGGUACUGGCGGGCCGAGAUCAAGGGCGCCGAAACAGGUCCCCUCGCGGGCGAGGAGAUCGGCAUCAAGGACGUGGUCUCGGUGGCGGGUCUGCCGAUGAUGAACGGCGCGCGCGCCCUCGAAGGCUACGUGCCCAUCAUCGACGCCACCAUCGUGACCCGCCUGCUCGACGCGGGCGCCACCAUCGUCGGCAAGACGGCCUGCGCCGACUUCUCGUUCUCCGGCGGCGGCCACACCAGCGGCUACGGCCCGGUGCGCAAUCCGCGCAAGCCCACGCAUGCGCCCGGCGGCUCGUCGAAGGGGAGCGCCGCCGCGCUCGCCGCCGGCGACGUGGCCAUGGCCAUCGGCGGCGAUCAGGGCGGCUCGAUCCGCAUCCCCGCCUCCUGGUGCGGCGUGGUCGGGCACAAGGCGACCUUCGGCCUCAUUCCCUAUACCGGGUGCCUCGCGAUCGACAUGACCCUCGACCACAUCGGGCCUAUGACGAACACGGUUGAGAACACGGCCCGCAUGCUCUCGGUGCUGGCUGGCCCCGACCCCCUCGAUCCGCGCCAGCGGGGCGUGAUCCCUGCGGAUUAUGUGCAGGACUACAUGCCGGCCAUCGGCGCGGGCUGCGAAGGGAUCCGCAUCGGCGUGCUCAGUGAAGGCUUCGGCCAGACCACCGAGAGCUGGCCCGAGUUCGGCCUGCCGGGGAGCGAGCCGGCGGUGGACGAGGCGGUGCGCGCCGCGGUGCGGCGGCUGGAGGAGCGUGGGGCCACGGUCACCGAGGUCUCGGUGCCCCAGCAUUACCAUGGGCUCAGGGUCUGGUUCGCCAUCGCGGCCGAGGGCGCGACCGAGUUCAUGCUCAAGUCGGGCGGCGUCGGCACCGGCUGGUUCGGCUACUACAACACCCAGUUUCUGGAGCAUGCGUCCCGCGCCGCACUCACCCGCCAGAACGACUAUCCGUUGACCGUGAAGAACGUCCUCCUGCUCGGCGGGUAUCUCAAGCGCUACUACCACGGCACCUAUUAUGCGAAGGCGCAGAACCAGCGCAGGCGGCUGACCGAGGCCUACGACAAGGCGCUCGCCGAGGUGGACGUGCUGGUGCUGCCGACCAUUCCGCACCUGCCGGCGCCGAUCCCGAGCCUGGAUGCCGAUUUCGGGGAGUACAUGUCGCGGGCGCUCAGCAUGAUCAACAACACGCCGCAGUUCAAUCUGACCGGCCAUCCGGCGAUCAGCGUGCCCUGCGGGGUGAGCGACGACCUGCCGAUCGGCUGCCAGAUCGUGGGCCGCCACUUCGACGAUCUCACGGUGCUCAAGGUCGCCGACGCGCUGGAGAAGAGCGCGGAUUGGCAGAGCGUGUAG